AUGAGGUCAAUAGCAACGCUCCUUUCGAUACUUGCCCUCUCUCAGCACAGCCUCAAUGGUGCGGUUGCCCAAACAGUAAGCAUUGCACCUUCGGGAAGUCCUAGCCUAUCGGAUGCCCCCUCGAGAAGCAGCGUUCCCUCCAGCAAUCCAAGUGGGUCAUCCUCCCCAUCCAGCAGUGAUGUUCCCUCGAUAGGCCCCUCAGUGUCGCCUUCCAUAGCACCAAGUGGGUCUACUGCUCCAUCAGCACUUUUAUCACAGGCUCCCUCCGGUCAACCCAGUGGUUCGGAUGCCCCAACGGGAUUGCCAACAAAAAGUCCAACUCAAGCUCCAGUUGCCUUUGUCAAAGAAAACGAUGUUUGUAUCGAUGCCAAAAUUGUCGCACCCAAUGGAAUACACCACAUGGUCGAUCUCACGGAUGCCACUCCGGACAAGGGUGCCAAUGGCGGUGCUUGCCGAGGAAUCACCAUCGGUGACACUCCCGGACUUUGGUUUGCUGUGGAAGGUACUGGUCAAACUUUGAGAGCUUCUACUUGUCACCCCGAAACUCAAGUCAAGGUCAAAAUUACCUUGUUUAGUACAUUGGACAGUUCCUGCAAUACCUUGUCGUGUGAGGGCGUCUCCUUGCAGCCCGAUUUUGAAUGCUCCAUGACCACUCUGAGCAGUCAGACUGAUACUGACAAAGCCUGGAGAUCUCCUUCCAGCAAGGUGGACUUUCCGACCAUCCCGGGCAUUAAAUAUUAUUUGUUGGUCCAACAAAAUUCCAUUGUCGAAACGGGCAAGGUGCAUCUGAGCAUUCGUCCCGUGACGGCACCCCAGCACGACAAUUGCGUGGAUGCUUUGGGACCACUACCACGAGAUGGAACCAUGGUGUCCCAAACCAGUUUGGAUGCUUCCAUCACCAGUGUGAUUGCCGGCUACUGCAAUUUGCAACCCAGUCGGUAUCCAGGAGUUUGGUACCAAUUUAUUGGGAAUGGAGGCAAGGUGGAAUUGAAUGCUUGUGCCUUUAACAACUUUGAUGGCUUUUACUUUUCAGUAUACGAAGGGGGUGACUGCGACGGAUUGACCUGUGUGGACGAUGUCGUGGAAGCCACCAUUGAGAACGAUGGCGAGUGUUUCUUCCGCACGUCGGCCCCUGACCAACCGGUCACGGGCGUCCAACGGGACAAGUUUCAAGCCGUGGUGUCCACCACAGAUGGUUCCAGAUAUUAUGUCUAUUUGCAUUUUGCCAAGACGGAACAAGAUACUGUCACUAGCGAGGACGUGCGAUUCUCCAUUUUGGAUGUGGACGGAAGCAGUACCAGUGCGUAUGGCACAAAUGCGAUCAAGUUUCGAGACUCGCAAUAUGGCAUGGGAUCCUAUGUUGCCGGGAAGGUGAACCAAAAGAACUUUUUUGAAGACAGCAGCAACAAGAAGACCACUGGCGGAGGUGGAGGUGGAUCAUCAGGUAUUGAUGAUGUGCUACAAAACCGAGUGGCUGCCGUUGCUUCCUUUGUUUCGUUUGCCUUGAUGUUCAUGUAA